AUGCAGGGAUGGCGAAGCACUAUGGAAGAUGCCCAUACUAUUCAUCUCUCUUUGCCAGAACUACCGUCCCACAUAGCCGCUGAGGAUGGUGCCAUAGCAGCGGUUUUUGAUGGACAUUGUGGAAGUAAGUCGGCCCAAACUUCUGCUACACAUAUAUUAGAGUGGAUAACCUCAACGUCUGCAUUCAAAGAAGGAAAUAUGGAACAAUCCAUUCGUGACGGAUUCAUUGCGGGUGAUGCAGCGAUGUUGAAAAGUUCGCCACAUGAUUUAAGCGGGUGCACCGGAAACUGUGUGAUGAUAGUACAGAAUCAUAUUUACUGUGGUAAUGUUGGUGAUUCCCGAGCGGUGCUCUGCCGCGGAGGAACCGCUGUGGCACUGAGUGAAGAUCAUAAACCGGCGUUACCGAAGGAGGCAGAACGCAUCGCAAAGGCAGGUGGCUUUGUUCAAAACUGCCGUGUUAAUGGAGUCUUGUCACUAAGUCGAGCUUUAGGUGAUUUCGCAUUCAAAAAUAGCGAUUUACGCCCUGAAGAACAGGCAGUGACAGCAAACCCGGAUAUAGUUCGUAUUGAGUUAACUCCAUCGGACGAAUUCUUUAUUAUUGCCUGCGAUGGUGUAUGGGAUAUGGUGUCCAAUGAGAAAGCUGUCGAAAUUGUCCGAAAUGAGGUAGCAGACCACAGCGAUCUUUCGUUAGCAUGUGAACGCCUCAUGGAUGCUUGUCUGGCAAAAGUAUCGAGUGGUGCUGGGACUGACAAUAUGACUGUUAUCAUUCUGCAGUUUAAGAGCCAUUUCCUAAAAAAAGUAGAGAGCAAGUUUGGCACUGCUCCCUUGGACACACAGAAAGAAUGA